AUGGGGUCACUCCGCAGAUUAAUAACUCGCUUGUCGCGAGAAAGAGAAUAUUCUUACAUGUAUCGUGCAUUCAUGGCAGAAUACAUUCAACUAGGACACAUGGUACGAAUACCAGUCAACGAAUUGCCCGCAAACGCUUACUUCUUGCCUCACCAUGGGGUAUUGAAGCUUGAUAGUGCCACUACGAAGCUCCGGACAGUGUUCAAUGGUUCCUGUGCAACAUCUACAGGAAUUUCAUUGAACGACAUUCUCCACGCAGGACCCAAAACGCAAAUUGACAUUUUUGAUGUGAUGUUGAGAAUCCGCUGCAGCAGGAUUCUAUUCGCUACUGACAUCACCAAGAUGUUCAGACCGAUUGAGGUCGACUCGCUUGAUUGGCCGCUUCAGUGCAUUCUCUGGAUAGAUGAGAAUGACUUAAUAGACGCUUACUGUCUCAAGACAGUCACAUACGGAACCGCUAGUGCACCUUUUGACGCAGUACGUGUGCUUAUCCAACUAGUAAAGGAUGAAGGACACCGCUUUCCGCUAGCUGUUGCUCCAAUGUUGAAAACACGCUACGUAGAUGACAUCUACGGUGGAGCAGACAACGAAGAAGACGCUAUCAAGGCUGCAGUACAAACAAAAGCUCUGUGUGCAGCAGGCUGCUUCCCGCUUGCCAAAUGGGCUAGCAAUAGCCCACGGUUACUCGCUGAAGUCGCUCCAGAAAAGCAGUUGGAUACACCGCUUAAAGAAAUCAGUGAUGCACCAGUAAAAGUCCUGGGCAUGUACUGGAAUUCACGCACUGACGCUCUCCAGUUCAAGUACACGCUAUCGCCAGAGACGCCCAAGACAAAAAGAGCUAUUUUGUCUGAAAUCGCUAAGCUGUAUGAUCCGCUAGGACUUCUCGCACCAAUAGUCGUCAAAGCCAAGAUCUUUAUGCAAGAUCUGUGGCUAGAUAGAGUGUCAUGGGAUGAACAAUUGUCACCAUCACUCAUUCACAAAUGGACUGGAUACCGCGAGGAUCUUCGAAACAUCGAAUCCAUCCGCAUUCCACGCUGGAAUAAUAUAGCACCUGGAGCAACUAUGGAAUUGCACGGGUUCUCAGACGCUUCGCAAAACGCUAUGGCUGCCGCUGUUUAUUUGAGAGUCACUGACGCUGAUGGGAACACAAAGGUCUCACUUUUGUGUUCAAAAACGCAAGUAGCACCGCUGAAGACCAUGACAAUUCCACGCUUGGAAUUAUCUGCCGCAUGGUUGCUAACACAACUGAUACUUCAUAUCAAAGAAGUUCAGUCGCUUGAAAAUGUCAGGAUCAAUCUCUGGACUGACUCCGCUGUGACUCUCGCAUGGAUUAAAAGUCCGGCAAUCCGCUGGAAGACAUUCGUCCGCAAUAGAGUGGGAAAAAUCCAAGAAAAGCUUCGAGAUGUCUCCUGGAAAUUUAUUCCAGGAAAACAAAACCCCGCUGACUACUGCGCUUCAAGAGACCUGGAGCGCGCUAAAUUGACCUUAAUUAAGUUCACUCAAGGACAAUACUUCGCUAGAGAGUUUCACACGCUACAAGAUGGUGAUGGUCUGCCUAAAAAUAACAGUAUCACUAAGCUGACUCCGUUCAUCGACCAUCAGGGGGUCCUGAGAGUCGGUGGCCGCUUGAAAAACGCAUUGCUGGACCCAGAAGAGAGGCAUCCAGCGAUUCUACCGCGACAAUCACCGCUUACAUCAAUUUUGAUUGAUGAUUCGCACCGCAAAACGCUUCACGGAGGUACUCAGCUUACGCUCGCUGAUUUACGCAAGAGUGUCUGGAUCAUUGGAGGCCGUGUUCCAGUCAGAUCAUUUAUUUGA